AUGAUCUUAACUUUGCUCUUUAUACCUUUUAAUAGAUAUGCAAAUACAUGCGUUGAGCAAUAAUAACUGAUAUUUAAAUCACUAUGGUAAGUUUUAAAUCUAUUUUGUUUGGGCAGCGUUGAUCUCGGGUUGGUAAAUGAUGGAUUCUUAAGCAGAUUUCAGUACUUCUGGUUGGGAUUAACAAUAUAACUAGAAAUAGAUUCUACGAUCCAAAAUUAAAUAGUUAGAGUUGGAUACCUCUUGGUUGUUAUUGCCUCAGCAAAUUUGACCUCAAUUUAUCUAUUAAUUGAUUCCUCUGCAAUUGGGAUCAUUUUUGGUGAAGCUCUCUAUGGUUUGCUCCUAUUAUGUUAAUUUAUUGUGAAAACAAAUUAGCAGGUAAAGAAGUUGCCCCAACAGAAACCCUGUUCUCGUAGUUUUACUGAUAAAAUAGAGAGUCCGCAAUAACAGAUAUUAGAUGAAGACUCAAAUCAAAUCAAAUUUAUGCCAUUGAAUUAGGGAUUAGGAAAAAACUCUUCAGUUUAUUCGAGGGAUCCGUCAGUUCUUGAAUAGAUAGAAUAGCAAAAAACUUUUUAUGAGAUUUUAUUCAAUCAAUUUCCUGAGGGAAUACUGAUAAUCAAUGAUCAAAAUAAGAUUGAUUAUCACAAUAAUCAAGUCUACAAUCUGUUGGGUAGAAAACAUAUUCAAAAUAGACAAGAUUAAAUAUUGACUCGUUUGUAUGAGUUAAAGAAUUAUAGUUCGAAAUUUCAAUUUGAGGAAUAAGCAUAGUUUGACAAAUUCUUUUCAAAUUUGGACAAAAAAUUAAAAUACAAUUAACAUGAAUAUUAUUAACCUUUCGAUUAACAAUUUGAUCAAUAAAUAAACGAUGAGAAUUCUAAAGAGAGUAUUUUCAAUAACAAUUUCGAUGACAAUCAAACCGAUUACUAUUAUCAAGCUGAACUCAGUAAGGCCGAAACCCUAAAAUAGGAAUUGGAUAAGGCCUUGUUAGAAAAAGCCGCUGAGAAAAACGGAUUAUCGUCUCCAUUUUAGAGAGAAUAAUCUUUUCCUUCAUAAAGAACAUAUAAGGGAUAGGAUAAAAUUAAAUUUUCACCCGAAGUCAAAAAGAUGUUGUGUAUGAUAGAAGAAUCUUCUGAAGUUCAUGACAACGAAUUACAAGAAGACAAGUCUUAAGAUGAGUGUAAUACUGGAUUAUUGAUCCAGAUAACAAUUAAACCAUAUAUAUAUGAAAAUAAAAGAAGUGUCUUACUUCUAAUAAGAGACGUGUCAUUAUUUAAUCAAUUCAAAGUGUUAUAAUAGCAAAAUAAAAACAAAUCUAGGAUGUUAGCCUAUGUUUCUCAUGAGUUACGUAAUCCAUUAUAAGCUAUAAUAGAAAUAAAUUAAUAAUUGAAAAUUCAAUUUUAAUAAGAUAACAACUUGAUUUUAAAGUAAUCAAUACUAAAAUAACAUUAGAUAUCUGUAGCCUUUGCAGAGUUCAGCAAUAUCAAUUAAAGGUUUGGCUAAUGAUUUAUUGGAUUUAGCGUAAUUGAAAGCAGGAAAAUUUAGGUUGACUUGCAAGGAAUUUUCAAUGCAUCAAUUAUUAAAUGAUGCUAUAUCAAUUAUGUAAUAUCCUGUAAGUUUAAGGAAUUUAAAAUUAGAAUUACAAUACGACCCAAAGAUCCCUCAGGUAAUAAUAUCUGAUUCAUAACGAAUAUAACAGAUCAUAUUUAAUCUCAUUAGCAAUGCCACCAAAUUUACCAAGGUUGGUGGGAUAACAGUAACAGCUAAAUUGCUAUAGACAAAGCAAAUAGAAAUCUGUGUCGAAGAUACAGGAGUGGGAUUGAAGCCAGAAGAUAAAAAUAAAUUGUUUUAACCAUUUGGAAAAUUGGAAGAUACUAAGAAUAUGAAUACGUCAGGAGUUGGCUUAGGAUUAAUGAUAAGUAAUGUACUAGCAUAAAAAUUAAGCGGAAACGAUGAAGGAUUAUAAGUAGAUUCAAAAGGAGUAGAUAAAGGAACUAGAUUUGUAUUUAAAAUUCAGGAUGUUAGUGAGAAUUAAGCAUCAACUCCGAAGGAAUCCAAAACUCUCAUCAUGAAAGAGAGCAGUCAUCGAAAUAUACUAAUUCAGAAGAGAUUCGAAGACUUAUCCAUGGAACCAUCAUAAAAUUGUAAAUGUCCUCAGAUUAUUAUUGCUGAUGAUGAACCAAUCAAUUUAUAAACUUUAGGUUGGAAAUUAGAUCGAAUGAAAUACAACUAUCUAAAAGCCUAAAGUGGUUAAGAAUGUAUAGAAAUUCUCUAAAAUUGGUAAAACAAUUAAGAAUAUUGUUGCAAUUGGAUUAAAUUUAUCAUUCUCGAUAUUAAUAUGCCUUACCUAAAUGGGUAUUAGACAUCUAAAAUAGUGAGAUAAAUGGAGGCAGAGAAAUAAGUUAAAAGAUGUAAGAUAAUAGGAUGUAGUGGAUUUACAGAUAAUGAAAGCAAACGAGUAGGAUUUGAAAGUGGAAUGGAUAUCUUUAUUUCAAAGCCAAUAGAGGAUAAGGAGUUAUAAAGUGUCCUUUAGUAACCUUAAUGA